GCCAGCCAGAGCUUGUGGGGGACUUCAGGGUAGAGUGAAGGAAUGUGCUCUCGCUUGUGUGGAUAGAUGGCUGAGGUGGGGUGAGCUGGUGACAUGAAAGGACAUCAGAAGAGGCCAGAUUUCAACAAGAAAAACUUAGGCUUCAUUGGAUUCCCACAUCAAAGAAAAGCUGAAAGCUUUCAGAAAGAGCUUUGCUUUGAUGAUAAAGAAGAGCCUGCCAACCACAGGAGAGGCCUUGAUGCCAAGUGUCUAGCUGCACUCCCUAAAGUUGCGGAAUUAAGAAAAAUCUUCGAGCCAAAGAGAAAAGACUUUUUAGAGAUGAAAAGAAAAGAAAGAAUUGCCAGGCGCUUAGAAGGAAUAGAAAAUGACCCCCAGCCCAUCCUGUUGCAGAGCUGCACAGGGCUAGUGACUCACCGACUGCUGGAGGAAGACACACCCAGAUACAUGCGCGCCACAGACCCUGCCAGCCCUCACACUGGGCGCUCUAAUGAAGAGGAAGACACUCCUGGGUCUUCCUUAGAAAAACAAACUCCAUCUAAGUACUGUUCAGAAACCUCGGGCAUCCAUAGUUCAAGCUCCAUGGAUACCCACAGUCUGGAGUCCAAAGCAGAAAGGAUCGCAAGGUACAAAGCAGAGAGGAGGCGACAGCUGGCAGAAAAGUAUGGGCUGACCCUGGACCCUGAAGCUGACUCGGAAUACUUGUCUCGAUAUUCCAAGUCUCGGAAGGACCCAGAUGCAGGUGAGAGACGAGGAAAAGGUGACAAGCAGGAAGAACCGAGCAAGGAUAUCAGUUCUUUGCACUCCAGGGCAGAGCCAGGUCCCAGGACCAGCUUGAUAGAGUCCCAGGACCGCGCCUCUCUGGGGAGCAACAUGUCUGACCAGGAGCUACUACUCAACUUGGAGAACCAGCGGCGAGUCCAAGAGCCCCCAGUUGCAGAAGAUGGUUCCCCUGCCUUCUUUUCUGAACGAGGCACCUCCUUCCCUGAAGUGCCAAGGUCCCCAAAGCAGAUGUACAACUCACCACUGCAACAGCCAGCCCCCAGUGACCUGCCAGUGCCCACGGAGGCCCGUGCCAGGUACCCUUCGGGUUCAGAGGUGCCAAUGGUUGAGGAUGAAGAAAAGGUAGAUGAACGGGCCAAGCUGAGUGUCGCUGCCAAGAGACUGCUUUUCAGGGAAAUGGAGAAAUCAUUUGAUGAACACAACGUCCCAAAGAGACGUUCCAGAAACUCGGCUGUGGAGCAAAGGCUGCGCCGCCUACAGGACCGCUCUCACACCCAGCCCAUCACCACGGAGGAAGUGGUCAUCGCAGCCACUGAACCUAUCCCUGCUUCGUGUUCUGGGGUCACCCACCCUGUAAUGGCGAGACUUCCUAGCCCCACUGUAGCUAGAAGCACUGUGCAGCCUGCCAGGUUACAGGCUCACCAAAAGGCUUUAGCCAGGGGCCAGGCAAAUGAGGGCAGAGAGUCUGCUGAACCAGGCGAACCUGAUUCCUCCACUCUGAGCUUAGCAGAGAAAUUGGCCUUGUUUAACAAAUUGUCCCAGCCAGUCUCCAAAGCCAUUUCCACCAGAAACAGAAUAGAUGUGCGACAGAGAAGGAUGAACGCAAGGUAUCAAACUCAGCCGGUCACACUUGGAGAGGUGGAACAGGUGCAGAGUGGGAAGCUCAUCUCUUUCUCCCCCACUGUGAACACAUCUGUUUCUACCAUGGCCUCUGCAGUUGCUCCAACAUAUGCAGGGGACCUUCGGACGAAGCCGUCUGCUGACGAUGGUGCGAGUACCACUGACUAUAAGUUUCCUUCUCCCGUGGAAAAUGCAGACUCUCCAGUAAAAAGCAUUCUGAAACCACAAGCCUGGCGGCCUUUGGCAGAGCCCAGUGGGAGCAAAGGAAUGCUGGGGGAGUCUGGAGAGACAGAAAGCAAGAGCACUCUGACUGCGGUAGACAGUGCUGUUCAAUCAUACAGAGCCUUUGAGGAGGAAGCCGAGCCCUCCUACCCCAUCCUUGGCAAAGUCAGAGAGAGCGAUGGCCAGAAGGAGCCUAAGCACGCCAUUCUAAGGAGGGGAAGCUUAGAACUAGGUAAUCCUCCUGUCUGUCACCUUGACGAUGAGCUGAAGGAAUCUUCCACUGCUAAAAGCAGUUUGCAAGAGAAUCUAGACCUGAAGGACAAGCAGACCUCAGAGGAGGACGUAGAUGUGGAGACUGUCAUGAGAAAGUUCUCACUCAAAGCAGCAGAGUUUGGAGAGCCUUCUUCUGAGCAGACAGAGCUGGCUUCUGGGAAAGCAUCUAUUCAGACGGCAACCUCAGGGUCCUGGAAGCAGCAGGAUUCCUCUGAACAGCUAGCAGAGAAGCUCUUCAAGAACCCCUGUGCCAUGUUUGCUACAGGAGAGGUCAAAGUGCCAGUGGGAGAGACUUUCCUGGAUUCACCCAGCAAAACCAUGUCAAUCAAAGAAAGGCUGGCGCUGUUGAAGAAGAGUGGCGAGGAAGACUGGAAGAACAGAUUGAUUCGGAAGCAGGAGUAUGGCAAAGCCACCAGCGGCCUGCACAUCCAGGAGGUAGAGCAGUCCCUGAGGAAGGAAGAAGGAGGAUUUACAGAUGAUAAUGCCAUUUCUAAUCUGCUUUGGAGGGUCACAGAAAGUCGAGAGAGCCAGAUGACGAUUGAGGAGAGGAAACACCUCAUCACCGUGCGAGAGGAAGCGUGGAAGACGAAGGGCAGAGGUGCUGCCAAUGACUCCACGCAGUUCACCGUGGCAGGAAGAAUGGUGAAGAAAGGCCUGGCAUCACCCACAGCCAUAACUCCAGUCUCAUCCCCUCUCUGCAGCAAAUCAAGGGGCACCACCCCAGUUUCUAAGCCCCUGGAAGAUAUUGAAGCUAGACCAGACAUGCAGCUGGAAUCGGACCUGAAGUUGGACAGGCUGGAGACCUUUCUAAGGAGGCUGAACAACAAAGUUGCUGGGAUGCAGGAGACAGUUCUCACAGUUACUGGGAAAUCUGUCAAGGAGGUGAUGAAGUUGGAUGAUGAUGAGACCUUUGCCAAAUUCUACCGCAGCAUGGAUCACAAUAUGCCUAGAAGUCCUGUGGAGCUGGAGGAGGACUUUGAUGUCAUUUUUGAUCCUUAUGCUCCCAAGUUGACAUCUUCUGUGGCAGAGCACAAGCGCUCCGUUAGGCCUAAGCGCCGGGUCCAGGCUUCUAAGAACCCUCUCAAAUUGCUGGCAGCAAGAGAUGAUCUCCUUCAGGAAUACACGGAGCAAAGGCUAAACGUUGCCUUCAUGGAGUCCAAGCGGAUGAAAGUGGAAAAGAUGUCAUCCAAUUCCAACUUCUCAGAAGUGACUCUGGCAGGCCUAGCCAGUAGGGAGAACUUCAGCAGCAUCAACCUGCGCAGUGUCAACCUAAUGGAGCAGAACUCCAACAACAGUGCCGUGCCCUACAAGAAGCUCAUGCUGUUGCAGAUUAAAGGUAGAAGACACGUGCAGACAAGGCUGGUGGAACCUCGAGCCUCGUCACUCAACAGUGGGGACUGCUUCCUUCUGCUCUCUCCCCAGUACUGCUUCCUGUGGGUAGGAGAGUUCUCAAAUGUCAUCGAGAAGGCAAAGGCAUCUGAACUUGCAACAUUAAUUCAGACAAAGAGGGAGCUUGGUUGUAGAGCUACAUAUAUCCAGACAAUUGAGGAAGGAAUUAACACACAUACCCAUGCAGCCAAAGACUUCUGGAAGCUCCUGGGUGGCCAGACCAGUUACCAGUCUGCCGGGGACCCAAAAGAAGAUGAACUGUAUGAGACAGCCAUCAUAGAAACAAACUGUGUCUACCGCCUGACAGACGACAAACUUGUCCCUGAUGAUGACUACUGGGGAAAGAUUCCGAAGUGCUCCCUUCUGCAGUCCAAAGAGGUCCUGGUGUUUGACUUUGGAAGUGAAGUUUACGUGUGGCAUGGGAAGGAAGUCACGUUAGCACAACGGAAAAUAGCAUUCCAGCUGGCCAAGCACUUGUGGAAUGGAACCUUUGACUAUGAGAAUUGUGACAUCAACCCACUGGACCCUGGAGAGUGCAACCCGCUCAUUCCCAGGAAAGGGCAAGGACGACCUGACUGGGCCAUAUUUGGGAGAGUUACGGAGCACAAUGAGACUAUUCUGUUCAAAGAGAAAUUCCUCGACUGGACAGAACUGAAGAGACCUACCGAGAAGAAUUCUGGGGAAGUUGUCCAGCAGAAGGAUGAUCCUAGGGCUGACAUCAAACCCUAUGAUGUAACACGAAUGGUGGCAACGCCCCAGGUGACAGCCAGCACCAUCCUAGAUGGGGUGAACGUUGGCCGUGGCUAUGGCCUGGUGGAAGGAGAUGACAGGAGACAGAUUGAGAUCGCCACCGUCUCUGUAGAUGUGUGGCACAUUCUGGAAUUCGACUACAGCCGGCUCCCCAGGCAGAGCAUUGGGCAGUUUCACGAGGGGGAUGCCUAUGUAGUCAAAUGGAAGUACAUGGCGAGCACAGCAGUGGGAAGCCGACAGAAGGGAGAGCACCCGGCGCGAGUGGCUGGCAAAGAGAAAUGCGUGUAUUUCUUCUGGCAAGGCCGCCACUCAACUGUGAGUGAGAAGGGAACAUCUGCUCUGAUGACGGUGGAGCUGGAUGAAGAAAGGGGGGCCCAGGUCCAGGUCCUGCAGGGAAAGGAGCCUCCCUGUUUCCUUCAGUGUUUCCAGGGAGGUAUGGUGGUGCACUCUGGACGAAGGGAAGAGGAAGAAGAAAAUGUGCAAAGUGAAUGGAGGCUGUAUUGUGUUCGAGGAGAGGUGCCCAUGGAAGGGAACUUGCUGGAGGUGGCCUGUCAUUGCAGCAGCCUGAGGUCCAGGACUUCCAUGGUAGUUCUGAACAUAAACAAGGCCCUCAUUUACUUGUGGCAUGGAUGCAAAGCUCAGGGCCACACGAAGGAGGUUGGAAGAACCGCUGCGAACAAAAUCAAGGAACAAUGUCCCCUGGAAGCAGGAUUGCACAGCAGCAGCAAUGUGACAAUACAUGAGUGUGACGAAGGAUCCGAGCCCCUGGGAUUCUGGGACGCUUUGGGAAGGAGGGACAGAAAGGCAUAUGACUGCAUGCUUCAAGAUCCUGGGAGUUUUAACUUCGCGCCCCGCCUGUUCAUCCUCAGCAGCUCCUCUGGAGACUUCUCGGCGACAGAGUUCGUGUACCCUGCGCGAGCGCCCUCUGCCGUCAGCUCCAUGCCUUUCCUGCAAGAGGAUCUAUACAGCGCGCCCCAGCCAGCACUCUUCCUUGUUGACAAUCACCAUGAGGUGUACCUCUGGCAAGGCUGGUGGCCCACUGAGAACAAGAUAACUGGCUCUGCCCGCAUUCGCUGGGCCUCAGACCGGAAGAGCGCCAUGGAGACCGUCCUGCAGUAUUGCCGAGGAAAGAAUCUCAAAAGGCCACCCCCCAAGUCUUACCUUAUCCAUGCUGGGCUAGAGCCCCUGACGUUCACCAACAUGUUUCCCAGCUGGGAGCACAGAGAGGACAUCGCUGAGAUCACAGAAAUGGAUACUGAAGUUUCCAACCAGAUCACCCUGGUGGAAGAUGUCUUAGCCAAGCUCUGUAAAACCAUCUAUCCACUGGCAGAUCUGCUUGCCAGGCCACUCCCAGAGGGGGUAGACCCUCUGAAGCUUGAGAUUUAUCUCACAGAUGAAGACUUUGAGUUUGCACUCGACAUGACCAGAGAUGAAUUCAACGCACUGCCCACCUGGAAGCAAGUGAACCUGAAGAAAGCAAAGGGGCUAUUCUGAGGGUGAAAUGGCAGGUUGCCACCAAGAGGUCACUUCUGAUGUCCCUAGACCAGAAAACGGAUUUAUUUUAUUUUAUUUUAUUUUUUUUUUUUUGGACUGGUAUUUUUUUCUGUCAAAGAAGAAAGUAUUUUCGAAUCAGACUUUUUCCAAACCUGACCUUAUUAACUCUGCAGUUUGUCCAGGAGUUGAGCAUUUUGUAAAUGUGUAGGAGUCGUUCUUUUCCAUGGUUCAGGUAAACUGAGAAAUGCAUCUCUUCCGUUCACUCAGCCGAGUGCUGCCUCAGCAGCCACUGCAACCCUGCCCUCCUGUUCUAGCUCAGCAUUACCUUUUUUAAAGCAAUUCUCUUUAUAAAGUGUUAUUUUGAUAGUUUGUGGAUUCUAAAUAUAUAUAUAUAUUUAUAUAAACACCAUAUAAAUCAAAUAUGUAUUUAACAAAGCAAUAUGCAUUCAUUCACUUUCAAGUUUUUUCCUUUGGUGUCAAAACAUUAUUACAAGGUAGACAGAGUCGCUUCUGUUGAGUUAUGCCGGCUACCAGUCUGUUGUCUGGUGUGUUAUCCGUCCCAUCCCCCACCCCCAACCCCUAUAUUCCCCCUCCCCCAUGCUCAGGAGUGCCUCCUUCAGCCUUAGGUUUGGCUUGUGUUGAGUUCUGCUUCCGGUGCUAAAGCGAAAAAAACUUCCUUCCCAGUGUGGACUCUGAAGAAAUCUAUGUGAAUCAACCUUUCUACCUUAAUAUCUCCCCCAGAAAUGUAUAGUGCCUUGUUUUAUGUACAGUUUAUAUACAGAAAAGUUUGCUCUGCUUUUUUUGAUGCUGGUUUGGAACAUUAUCUAUGGUUUUAUUUUCAAACAGUAGAAAUAAAAACAUCUCAAUUUCUCA